CUUCAAAGAGAGAGAGAGACAAAAUUUAAAGUGAAAACAUAGACGAGAGUAGGAGUCUCUGCUAAUAGUUUCGUUUCGUAUUUUUCCUGUUCUAAUUGAAAAAGAGGGCGUAUUUCUCUUAUUUAUACAAAAAACCGUACGAUAUUUGUAAAUCUCGACGAUAUUGUUGCGUAGCUUGCCAUAAUUAUAAUACGUUGUCAAUUAAAUGUAAUACAAUUUCUCCUUGUGUAUUUUGUGUUGGUCUCCAGCCGAUAACUUGGGUCUUUGGUAGCAAAUUAUGACAUGACAGCACGUCAAAUCUUCUAGCGUCCAAGAAUUUUCAAUUUAAAUGGGCGUGAUGAUUUUAACAGUAGUUGAUGUUUUGAUGUCUACCCUAUAGGCGAGUUAGUCAUGUGUUAAGUGAUCGAAGUAGUUUGUAGGUCGUGGCCUGGUGAAUGAUAGUAGGUCGAGUAGGUGUUUCGGUAUGUGGUACAACCAGGCUGUGUUAUGAAUGAGGAGGCACUAUUGGCACGGGCUUCGGAGGAGCGGGAGCGCAUCUUCCAGCGAUACGAGAGGGGUCGAGAGAAUCUCGUCGGCCAGAUUGACCCUUGGGAAGACCCAGAGUUCGAGGAGUACCACAAAACUGAUCGAUAUGGAUUCAUACAUGAUGAACGUCUGCCUCAGAAAACCGGGGUGCAGAAAGUCAACAUUGAAGUGGAGAGAGAGAAGAAAUGGGUUAAAAUGCUUAAUAAUUGGGACUUACAAACCACCAAAGAAAAACUCCAUAGACGAAUAUACAAAGGCAUUCCAAAUUCAUUACGAAUAAAAGUUUGGUGCAAGUUGAUGGAAGUGAACCGAAUAAAAUCUGCAAAUCCUGGCAAAUUCCAAGAAAUGUUAAAACUAGCUAAGCUAUGGUCCACAGAUGUUAGGCAAAUAGACUCAGAUGUUAACAGACAGUUCCGUGAACAUCAAUUUUAUAGAGAAAGAUAUUCAGAAAAGCAAUGCUCAUUAUUUAAUGUCCUAUGUGCUUAUAGCAUGUAUAACUCUGAAGUGGGAUACUGCCAGGGCAUGUCUGGCCUCGCGGGUGUUCUCUUGAUGUAUAUGGAUGAAGAAGAUGCGUUUUGGGCUUUAGCUGUUUUACUGUCAGAUAAAAAAUACGCCAUGCAUGGAUUAUACAUAGAGGGGUUCCCAAAGUUAACAAGAUUCUUAGAGCAUCAUGACAAAAUACUCACAAAAUUUAUGCCAAAGUUGAAACAUCAUUUUGAUAAAUUUGGUUUAGAUGCAAUUCUGUAUUCACUCAAAUGGUUCUUUGUUUGCUUUGUGGAAAGAGUGCCAUUCAGCUUGUGUCUGAGGGUGUGGGAUAUAUAUCUGUUGGAUGGAGAAAGAGUGGUCACAGCUAUGGCGUAUACAAUACUCAAGCUACACAAGAAGGCAAUCAUGAAGCUGAAUGAUAUGGAUCUUAUUGUUAAUUAUAUUCAGGUUAAGCUACAUAAAGACUUUGGGUUUGAAGACGACAUAGUAAUUUAUCACUUAGAAAGGUCGAUGGAAGAGUUGAAACGUGCUAAGCUCGACUACCCUGGGCCGCCACCCCCGAAUGAGCUACCAAAGCGACAACUUGGUACAUUUGUUGAGCCUGAUAAAAAAUCAAAGAUUGGACAGAGGGCAGAAAACUUUUCAGAGACUGAGAAACAGGCGAGGGCUACUGUGAUAUUGAGACGCGAAAAAGCUGCAAUGGAAUUGCAAGAGCUGCGGGUGUCACAGAGUGACACAGUGUCAGAGCACAGCGGCGUGGCGGGCGGUAUCCGCUGCGACGACUCGGUGUCGGCGCUGGGGUCGCGGCGCUCGCUGGCCGACACCAGCGUCACCAGCACGGCGGACCUCAGCGUGUUCUCGAGCGGCCGCAGCCACGCCCCCGACAACUCCCUCGACACCCACUCCAACGUCAGCGACGACGCCACUGGGUCAGAUGGUUCUGGAAUCUGCGGGCUGAGUAUACAGCGUGCUCCAUCGACGACGCACUCGACGCCGCGAGCCACGCCCCACCCGCCUUCCGUGUCACCGAUGUCUGAUGACGUCGUCCGCAUACACGUAACGUACAACCCUCUGGCCGCGAGCCCUUCGCACCUCCACCCCAUCAGCCCGUCAAAAUACAAGGCGUAUAACAACGAGGAACAUCACAAACCCGUCUCUCUAGGCUUCUACACAAGCAACGGCGCCACCAACCUCCACUCGGAUAAUAGAAUCCGCAUCCAAGUGCCAUCUGAAGAACUCCUCACUCCCGUCGUCGACUCUGGCAGGAUCAUCACGCCGCGCUUCAUCGAAUCUCAUUCAGAAAUCUAUGAUCUUAAAUAGAAUAUCAUUCUUUUUUAUUAUUCUUAAAUGUUCCUCUUUGCUAUCCCUCUGCAAUGGCCAGUUAUUCUAACAUUGCAAACAAUAAUCUGCUUUAUUUAUUUUGAUAUUGACACAAACUUUAUGUACAAAAUAGAUCUGUUAGCAUUAUUAUACUUUUAAAAGACAUGAAAGCGGAUUUUUUGCUUUCUCGUGUAUUAUAUUACUUUGCUUACUCAUAUUAACGUCUCAUAUAUUUUGAACACACCCUUUAACUUUUAUUAACUAUAUUAUUUUUUUGUGUCCUGCAGUGGGCUUGUGUAGGCUGAAUCAAAUGAUAUUAGUUUCUAAUCAUACGUCUAGUAUUGUUUUGAUUGCGUUUAUAUCAGUAAAAUUAUAUAGUUGGUGAUAUUCUGUAUCCAAUAUGGGUGGUUCGACAUAAUAAUAACGAACAAUACUUGUCGGUGUGAACGGUUCUGUAAUGUGAGAUUGAUGUCUGAUAAAACCAUCAAAUUUAUCGAAAUGAUUAAGUAUUUUUUAGUAUUGACAAACUCAGUCUGUGAGAUAAGAGAGCUUCCAAGAAUCAUACCAGUUUGCCGUAACUUCCAUAGCAAUAAAAUACCUGCGUAGAUUUAUUUCGCGCUCAUAACAAUAAACAAUACAUUGACAAUACUAUAGUGAAUAAUUCGUUAUGUUCAAAAUAAUACAUUAAGGGUUAUUUAGUUACGACUCUUAUUUUUCAUAUUAUUGUUUGCGAGAAUUAUUAAUAAAUAUAGGUAAUACAUAAGUAAUCUGAUAUUCCUCUUAGAAUCCGCUGUCGAUACCCGAUACGUUCGUUGAAACACUAUCUAUGAUCUUGCUGCAGCCAUUGGUUCUGCCUCCUUGGUCAAACAAAAUGAUGGUGGAAUAGGAUGGUAACUAAAAAUAACUUUUUGAAUGAUUUUGCCUCUUGUUAAUAGAUGUACUUUCACUACCUGUCGUCAUUUGGGAUUUAAAGUAAAAAAUACAUGAUUUUUUUACUCUUUUCCUGCAUAAAGUUUCUACUUCAAUUUUGACGAAUCAUUGUAGAUUCAGCUUCAAUUCGCCUUUUAUAAUUAAUUCGACAUAUUCUCAUCACCGACGCACCUAUUGGGUAUUGCUAUAAAUUCUAGACUAAUGAGUAAUUUAUUCAGCAAAAUUUAUAUUAAUGAAAUUAUAAGACAUAAUUCGUAAACGCAAACUGCCACGUCUAAUAUGUAUAUUCAACGAGUUUUAGAUUUGUAAUCGUUAUUACGGAAUAUAGAAGUAAUCUCAUAGAAAAUGUUGGUAUUGUUAGAGAUGGGUUAACGGCCAUAUUAAAGAUUGGCAUAGUAGAGUCUUUAAGUAUAAAGAGCAUGCUAUCUUCUACACUCGCAAGUGGAAUGUACAGACUUGUGAUUGCAUUCAAGAAUAACAUGAUAGAAAUUUAAGAUCAAGUGCUCACUGGGAACAAAACGGUUUUGUCCCAAAUAUACACACCUGAUGAAAAAAUUCUCAUUCAUUUUCUUCGACAAGAAAUGUAUGAGGGAAGCCAAUAUUAGACAGUCUAAUUGUUGAUUUCCCUUUUACAUGUAUAUAACAUUAAUCGUAAUCGUUAAAACUAAUCUAUGCUGUUGGGUGGACGACAUUUAAUAUACAAGAAAAAAAACUGCAAAUGAAAUCAAACAACUAUCUAUUAUAUGUAGCAGGAGUGCAACGUGUCGCAGACAAAACGUUUUACAUUUCAGAGAGAUUUGUAUUUCUGAAACAACACUGUCUCAAAAACCGUUUUUCUUCCAGUGACCGCAUACUCUAAAUAUCAUGGUGUCCCAUCCACAGAUGGUUGGGGUCGUCACUUAACUACCUGCCACUCUUGAAUACGGUCAUAAGCCAAUGUAUGGAUAAUAGAAGGUUUAAGUAAAGCAUUGUCUAAAUUAUGACGAUUCCUUGUCUAGAGGUGAUUGCAACUAACGGGUUUAUAAAAGGAACGUAUUUUUGUAUACCAGCGAGUAAAUUAUAUUUAAAAAAGGACUAUUCACACUCCAUGCAAAAGCGUUGUUCUCUAAAGAAAAAAGCUGAAAAGAGAUGAAUAGUGUGAGUAGACCUUAAAGCACUUAGGUAAGUAAGCUCACGGUAGAAACAUUUUCUUUAUUUAGUUAAAUAUAUUUUUGAUGUUACAUUUUUGAAUCUCUUUUUUUAAUGCAACUUGAUAUAGGUUUAGAGCGUCGAUAGUGCGGUAGCGCGAGUAGAAAUUAGAUGGAAAUUGAAAUUGAUGGCAUUUUAUCUAGAGUACGGAAAAUCGUAACUAGUAUCAAGAUGUAAAUAUUUUGUACUUUGUCUAUUUAUAAAUUGAAGCCUUAAGGAAAAUCGUUAAACCAAUAAUUCCUUUUACAAACACCGUUAUUUAAAAUGUGUAUAGAGAGACAGAUUAAUGAUAUGAUAGGUUUUAGAUUCCCUUCAAAUAUAAAACUCCAGUGAGAAACGCAAUAAUGUCAGUUAAAUUGUUACUUGAAAAUAUUUAAUGUAAAUAGUUUUAAGAUUGUAUUUAGAUCUAUAAAUUAAUACUAUGUUUUUGGUCAAUAUACAUUAUGAAUACCUAACACUCGCUUUGAGAUGAAUGUAACAUACGUUGAUUAGGUGAUGGGCUUUUACCAGUAAGUCGAGAAUGUUUAGCAAAAAUGUGCAUUGAAGGCUUGCGCACUUUAUAUUCAUGUGCUUGCUACUGUUAUGUGUGUUAUUAUAUUCCGAUGAAUACUGUGGCAGAAACAGAAUGCAGACUACAAAAGCUCAAAAAGAUACCGUGCCUGCCUUGUAAUGGAACAUUUUCACAAUAAAAGGAUUGUUACA